UACGCACUUCGUCUUCCGGUCCCUCCAUUUCUCUCGCCGACCGGUUGCGCCACGUCAGGCCAACAGGCUCCGUCGUUGCCGCCGGCUAUUUGAUCAGCAUUUGUCUUGUCGCGCACAGCUGAGCAAUCCUUUAUUGCGCGCACAUCACUGACUCUUUUCUCUCUAUUGUCUCGCUAUAGCCACAAACCGUUCCCCCUUCAGGCGGGACUUGCCGAUCCUCGAAAUCCCGAGGGCCGCUCCCCGGUUGCCCCGUUCAGCAAUCACAAAGAGCUGUGAAAAAGCGCCUACAACCUCAAACAAGACAAAUCAAAGCACUCUCGACUCAUCGGCUGCCGACCGACUGCGAACCUCUUGAAUCGAUUGAAAUUCCGACCUUCUGCAAUGGCCCAACACGGCUUCACCCAGUUUGGGUCUGGCCCGACCGGCGGCCACAUCGACCCCAACGAUCUGGCCAUGUCGGGCGGAUACUCCCCGUCCUUUGCCAACAACAACUUCAACACAAACUCCAACACAAACGGCUUCUCAAGUGGCUCUGCCGUCUUCGGCGAUGACGAGCUACUAGAUGGCCUCCCUUCUGAUGGACAGUCUGGCCUUCAUGGCCAGGGCCAAGAUUUCCACGGCAUGAACAUGGGUUACCAGAACACCUUUCAGUCACACCGCGGUUCUGGUAUCCAAAUCGACCCAUCGCAGAUCAACGGCUACUCCAGUACCCCAGAUGGUGACCCCAUUCAGAGCCCAUAUGCUUACAAUGCACACUACCGCGCUCUCGGUAACCCUCUUCAGUCGCCAUUGUCCUACUCUCAAUCUCCCUUAGCCGCCGCCGAUAUGGCAGACGGAAACGAUCCCAACUUCCUCAACGCCAAGGCGAGAGCCCGCAUGUCCCAGCAGAUGCAAAGAAAAGCCUCCAACACCAGGAGUCCGAUGACCCCCAAGACCAACAGCAUGCACAGCAUUCCCAUCGGCCAAGACUCUCCUGGCUUUGGCCCUCAGUCUCUACGGAAUGACAAGUCACCAUCUGGUCACUGGCUCAACACCCCCAACGGGAGCAUCCCCGCCUCCUUCAAUUCAGGCUUUUCCUCUCCCAUGCAACCAGGCAUGGUGCAAAUUAACGAAGUCAUGAUGAAGGGAGGUACCUCGAUGCCUGCCAAGCUUGGCGUGGGAAAUGCCAUGUCUACCCAAGAGAUGAAGCGGAAGCGCCGUCGCGAGUCGCACAAUCUCGUUGAGCGCCGCCGCCGUGACAACAUCAACGAGAGAAUCCAGGAUCUCAGCAGACUCGUUCCCACGCACAGAUUGGAAGAUGAGAAGAUUCGCAAGCUGAUUUCCAAUGGCACGCCCUUGUCGCCCACCCUCACUGGUGUUUCAAGCGCUACCUCUGGUUUGGCCGGGCCUGGUGCCCGGAGAGCUGCGGGCGCUGGAGCUGGAAACAUUACAACCGGCCUGCCUAUUGAAGACAAAGACAAAGGCCCAAACAAGGGUGACAUUCUCAACGGCGCCGUCAGCUGGACGCGGGAUCUGAUGUGGAUGCUGCAUCUUAAGCUGCAGCAGCAGGAAGAGCUGAUCAACCACAUUGCCGAAUUGGGCGGCACAAUACCCUUUGAGCAAACCGAUGAUGAGCGCCGGAUGCAAUCUGAGCUCAUGGAUGCCAUUUCCCGAAACGACUCGGGAUCGUUUACCUACACACGCACCUCUGGUUCAGGCCUUCGCGUGCCUCACCACACUGACUAUCGCGGCGAACCCACCAAUGGCAUGAGCGGCAACCUUGACUCUGUUGGCAUCACUCCGGAGGGAAGUGGUAAUGGCGGACUACCCGGCGAUCUCGCAGAUGCCGCGCAAUUCUGGCAUGACCCCGAUGAUGAUGCCAAUCUCAACUUCAAGGAAGAGGAUGAAUAUGAUAUGGAUCUCACCCAGUAGCUGCCUUACGGGUAUUUUCACAUGCGAAUAUUCAUGUUGGGGAUUUUCAUCUUUUGGUCGACUUAUCUUGUCUGCCUAUUCGCACAACCCUCUAUUCCUAUCCACUCUCCUUCCAUUUUCGGUUCUUAUCAUUCUGGGUCUUCUUUCUUCUGGUUUUUCUCUAUGUGUGAUUUCGCAUCUUUUUGCGGCCCAUCUGACGAUGUUUUGCUAGAGAUCUAGCAGUAAUCAUCUAGAAGAGGAAAUAUGUGUGGCUCUGACAUACCAAGAGGAACAUGUCCGAGUGCCCGUACUGGCGGCGUUCUAGGUGUCAACUAUUACAUCGGCAGGGCCUCGUCUUUUUGGAGUG